AUGGUCAUCAUCAACCUGGAAGUCUGGAACUCAACGACCUCUUCCCCUUGUCCUUCACGCGAGGUGAAGUUCCAGGUCCCACCAACUGUGACAAAAGCUAAGGCUGAGAAGCUGACGGCGCCGAGAACAGAUGUCGGAGAGGACAUCACUUGGGCGGGGAUGAGUUGGACAUAUCAAUCAAUGGGUCUGCCGGAACAGGUGGUACAUGAUACAGAGAUCAUUUCUGCUGUCCACAAGAGCCUGACCGUGAAUGUUCAAUCAAGUCAGGCGGUGAUGAUCUUCAUGCUUUUGGAUGACCUUUCUGAAUAA